AUGUUCAAAGUUUGUGUUGUACUUGCUGUGCUGCUUGCAGUAGCGGUCGCCGUCGACGAUUACCAUUCGCAUCCGAGCUACAAAUUCGAGUAUGGAGUUAAGGACCCGCACACCGGAGACCACAAGAGCCAAUGGGAACACCGGGAUGGAGACGUUGUCAAGGGAGCCUACACUCUGCAUGAGGCUGACGGAACCGAGCGAGUGGUUGAAUACUCGUCGGAUAAACUUCAUGGAUUCCAGGCUCACGUGAAGCGCGUGGGACAUGCCCACCACCCGCAGGUCUAUGGCCACCACGGAGACUUUUCCGGAUCGUACAAGCAUGGCUAUGGCCAUAGCUACAUUAAACUCUCAAAGUAUAACUAA